AUGGCCUCCAUGGGGAUGCAGGUGCUGGGCAUCGCCCUCUCCGUCAUCGGCUGGUUGGCCUCCAUCCUCUGCUGCGCACUGCCCAUGUGGCGGGAGACGGCCUUUGUCGGGAACAACAUCGUGGUGGCACAGAUCAUCUGGGAAGGGCUGUGGAUGAGCUGCGUGGUGCAGAGCACGGGCCAGAUGCAGUGCAAGGUGUACGACUCGCUGCUGGCCCUGCCGCAGGACCUGCAAGCCGCCCGUGCCAUGGUGGUGGUGGCCAUCGUGCUGGCCAUCCUGGGCACCCUGCUGGCCGUCGCCGGCGGCAAGUGCACCAAUUGCGUGGAGGAUGACACCGCCAAAGCCAAGGUCAUGAUCCUCUCCGGCAUCAUCUUCAUCGUCGCCGGUAUCCUCAUCCUCAUCCCCAUCUCUUGGUCAGCCAACAGCAUCAUCCAGGACUUCUACAACCCGCUGGUCUCUGACUCGCAGAAGCGGGACCUGGGCUCGUCCCUCUACGUGGGCUGGGCGGCCUCGGCGCUGCUGCUGCUGGGGGGAGGGAUCCUGUGCUGCACCUGCCCUCCCCGCGGAGAGAAGCCCUACUCCGCCAAGUUCACGGCUGCUCGCUCGCUGCCGGCCAGCAACUACGUGUAGGAGCCCCCGGCCGCCCCAGGGCGCGGGGACCU